AUGUUUCGUUUUAUCGUGAUAUUGACGCUGUUUUUAUUGACCAACGCAUUAAGUACUGACCACAAUAAUUCGAGUGUUUUAAUUUCAAAAUAUGCUAAAGUAGUUAGAUGGGGUGCCAAUAGUACAAAUCAAGAAACUGGAAGAAGCAAUGGAGCCCAAUCCAUUUGGACACCAAGAUCAAGCUCUGCAUCCAAUUCCAAAAAUCAAGUAGUCUACCAGUACCCGGUAUAUAGAAAAGUCGAUGAAGAAGAAUCAGAAAAAAUCCCAGGAAUCGGCGAAGUAAUACAAGAUCGAUUCCAAGUCAGACCAUACUUUGGAUACGGCAAAAUACCUCCAAAUCCUACGCCUAGUGCAGCACCGAUAAGACAAGCCCCUCCUCCUGCUCCUACUGUACCUAAUGUUCCUUUACCAUCGAGGCAAGCACCUCCACCUUCUCCUGCUAUAGUUAACUUUCCAGCUCCAAAUGCUUCGCCUCCAUCUUUACCAUCUCUAAUUCGUCCUGCUGCUUUUAAUACAGGAGGAACGCCGUCUGCACCUCAAGUUCCUUCUAAUCUUUACGAUUCUCCCUUUACUUCUUAUAAUCCUCCUCCUUCUGAUCAGAAUGGGGAUAGUAAUCAGGAUGCUUAUCCGCCAAAUUCCCCAAUUUCUGAUUCCACAAAUGGUGAUUCUUCCUCUCCAGGUGUAGAUUCGUAUGCUGAUAUACCUGUAUCAAAUGAUGGACCGUAUCAGUAUCAAUCAAAGCCUGCAGCAUCAUCUCCAAAACCUAUGAUGCAAAGCCAAAAAGAUAAUAAACCUCAAUAUGGAAGCUAUUAUGAUGACAUAGAAAUGGGGCAGAAUUCUGAUAACAUGCAUUCUGAUAGAAAGCCUAGUAUGGAUUCAAAUUCUCAUGGAGAUAAUGGACGUCCAAAUCAUCCUCCCAAAAGUAUAGACGAUGUUUAUUAUCCACCAGAUUUUCCCAAAGAACAAAUUCCACAUGACCAAAAUACUGAUGAUAUGGCAGCUCCCGAUAUCACAAAUGGUGAUAUGACAAUGGAUCUAGUACCUCCUUCUCACGGUCAUGAUUUUCCUAAAUAUUUAUAUGAUAGUCCUCAUUACGAUCAUCAUGUUUACGAAGAAGUUCAUCAUACAACUACUGCUGCACCAGAGAAGAAAAGAGUCAGCACAACAAACUACAGUUACUACUAUUUAGGUCGUAAACUUUGGUACAUCCCCUUGUAUUUCAGUAUUUAUUUCAUGUUGUAUGUUACAGCUCUUAUUAUUAAAUCCAUAGCUAGACAUAAGGUUACUUACAGGAACGACUGGAUCACAGCAAAUUCAAGAAGCGCUAGAGAUUUGACUUUUGAUCAUAUGGAAACUAUUGACAAUAUACAUAGAAAUAUUUCAGUUGCUUUAGAUAGAGCUGGAAAAUUAUAUUCGGAUUUGUCGAUACAAAGAAGAAGAAGAGAAGAAGAAGAAGAAGAAGAAGAAAAAGAAGAAGAAGAAAAAGAAAAAGAAGAAGAAGAGGAAGAAGAAUAA